AGCGCUGUUUAUGAAAACAUGUGUUUUGAAUGAAUUGAUAGUUAAGUUAAAUGAAAGUCAGAUUUGGUUUGAAAUUCAAACUACUUUUUGAAUGAAUGAAUGAAUGACUUAAUUAAUUAAUUGAUCCCAAAGUCUUCGACAACGGAAAUCAUUGACAUUAUGAAUGACCUCAUGCGGUACGGUCUAUACGUAUCAUCGGUUUUAGUGGUCACUGAGAUUUUAUACCAAACUCGACAAUAUUGGCGACGACGACGACAACAACAACAACCGAAAGACCAGAAGAAGUCAUCACCGGUUGUAUCUAUGGGUCUAUUCUUUCCCGAUUACAGUAUGUGCUGUCCGUUUGUCUUCAGAGAAGAUUAUCACACAAGAGCUAUAUCUUUUAGUCCGCCGGAACAGUUGUGUUCCCGUCCGGAGUCGUGUCAGUUCACACACUUUUCGUCGGAUCCGAAAAAACCUUCGCCUUUGAAGCGACUGAUAAAAGUGUUGACAUCGGCCAACAAAUCGCUGUCAGUUUGCCAGUGGGUGUUCUCCAUACAAGUGUUGGCCAACGUUUGUCUGGAACUACAUCGCAAAGGUAUUGUCGUACGUAUUGUGAUCGACAGCCGCGAAGACGAGACCGAUAAGAGUCAAAUCGAUUAUAUGAAGACAAGAGGUAUUGCCAUCAGAUACGGACCACGACUGAUCAAUUCGGCAAUGUUUCACCACAAGUUUGCCAUCGUUGACGACACUAUACUGAUGACCGGAUCCAUGAACUGGACGGUAAGUGCCGUACGAAAGAGCUACGAAAAUGUUUGCGUCACAUCCAAGCCGUCGCUGGUCGGGCCAUAUGUACGCCGAUUUGAAGACUAUUGGACAACAUUUUCGGCAGAGCCGACAAACGUCAAGCGAAGCGAUUUGUUGGCCAAACUAAACAGUAAAUAGUGGACCAAUUGAUCCGAAACAUGUCAUCCAAUGAUAUAUAUAGCCAUUAAAGUCAUUCAUCGAAACAAUAG